GGAGGAGCCUCGCACCCAUUAAGUUCUUCUCUAUUAUUUUUAAUUUUUAUUUUUUUUUAUUCUUAUUUUUUAACAUUUCAACUUGAAGACACCAGCGGAGAGUUGCACUUAUUUCCCGGGACCGUGUUAUCGUGCGGCGCCGAGGCCAUGCGGUGAGUCUUGUGAAGAAAACAAUCUGAAGACAAUGCAUCUGUGACCCCUGAUACCAGCUUGUGAGCCAGGGCGAUGGAAGUUGUAGAGGGCCGCCGGCAUACUGGUCCCGUGGUAGCUCCAAAUGGAUAUGCCAACAGGGUUUUCCAAGCAAACAUGGAGGAAGGGAGUACUGACGCUUUGGAGGUGUGUGGUGCUGAGCGCUGCACCUCCAGUGACACCAUCCCAAAUGAACAGGAGGAGGCACCCAGAUAUAAGAAGACAACCAAGGGCAGCCGGAUCUGGAAUUUCGUUAGACGAAGGAAAGGACUCUCUGCAAAUAAAGAAAGACCCCAGUCCAUGAUCCUGCUGGGAGUUACCUCUGAGGUCUCAGAACUGAAGAAACCAUCCUUCAUGGACAGGGUAAGGCCAUCAAAAAAGGGAAGAAGCUCCAGGAUGUCUAAGAAUGUGGAUUUGAGAGCAUCCGGAGUCCAGGCUGCUUGUGACCCUGAGGAGGACCAUCAUGCCAGUGGGCAAAGAGCUGUCUACAGGAUUAAGAAACUGGGUGACAGUCGGAGGCCCUCCCGCCACUCCUAUGCGGGGUACAUUGAUGAUCUGGACUCUUCUUUUGAAGACAUAGAGCUGAAUAUCAGCAUUCCUGAAAUUGAUGCCAAUGAAAGUAAAUGUCUCAGGGAUAUUAAUGUCAGGUUACACAGUGAGGAUAAUGAUAGUAACUGCCAUAGAAUACCAGCUAGAAAGAGUGAGUCUUUGAAUUGUGAAAACUUUCAGAGCCCUGCAAUUACAGAAGGGGACAAUCAAAAGAGGGGUACUGUGCUCCCCCAGGAGGGCAGGAGAGGAGGAAGCUCUGAUGUCUGGAGCUAUCUGAAAAGAAUUUCAUUAACUAGCAAAGAUAAUUCAAAGCCUCCAGAUCAAAGGGCUGAAACCAGUUUCCAGAACUUAGAAAAUAUAACUGAUCAUUCUACAUCUUAUUGUGACUUUGAUACGAGAUGUGAGGAGAAUGUCAGCCAGAGGAAAAAAUCAAACGGUGCAACCAAAACCACUCACUUUGGGGGUGUUGUGAGGUUCUUAACCAGCAUGGCCGAGGCAGCUCGGAGACUGCGAGGCUCCUCGAGGGCAUUUUCACCUGAUGAGAAGAGGCCUCAGCGGAGUUUCCGAGGCUGGAAGCAGGAUGUUACCUCCCACAAAGAGGGCUUGGUUAUUGAGAAUGAGAGCACGAGGGCCUUCUGCACGGUGGGCGCGUGUCUGCAGUCCCCAGAUUCAGGCACGUGGGAUAAUCUGAGCUUCGAGAGUUUAGUGGGGAAGGAGCCAGUGCAGCAUUGCAAAACCACAGAAGUGUUGAAAGACGUUGGCUCCUCUGCCCUGGGCAGUGAGAACGACAGAUUUAAUGAAACAUCACUUUCUCCCUUUGGGCCAAAACCAUCCAUCUCCCACCUGCCGGAGCUCGCAGACAGCUCUUUCACUGACCUAAAUACUAAAGACCCCUCUGGGGAUCUGAUGGGCUUUCAACAGACAACUUUGACUAAAGAGGUUCGGGACACGGGCAGUACUUCAGAGAAGACACAGGUCAUGGGCAGGGACCUGCCUUGUUCUGAAGGUCUUCCUUUGAAUAAUCUGGAUUCUGUGGACCUGGGCUGUUCUCCACCUCCUGACUGUGAUGUUUCUUCAGUGACUGAGACUCUGAUUCACGUUCCACAGACAACCCUGACUGAACUUGAUGCCGAGGACGUGGCUGGUGCUCCAGUGGUUGCUAAAGAUGUGGAUUCAUCUCCAGCAGUGGCUCAGGAACUUUCAAAGCCAGAACUGGUUGUACAGGACUUGAGAAAUCCUGAGCUGCCUUUGCAAGACUUGUCUAGAGGUGAGCUGGAGGUUCAGGGCUCGGGCAGUACUCUGGAGAAGGCACAGGUUACGGGCAGGGACCUGCCACAGUCUCAAGGUCUUCCUGUGAAUAAUCUGGAUGCUGCGGACCUGGGCUAUUCUCCAGCUGCUGAUGGUGACAUUUCUUCAGUGACUGAGGCUCUGAUCCCUGUUCCACAGGCAACCCUGACUGAACUUGAUGCCGAGGACGUGGCUGGUGCUCCAGUGGUUGCUAAAGACGUGGAUCUGUCUCCAGCAGUGGCUCAGGAGCUUUCAAAGCCAGAACUGGAUGUACAGGACUUGAGAAAUCCUGAGCUGCCUUUGCAAGACUUGUCCAGGGGUGAGCUGGAGGUUCAGGACUCAGGCAGUACUCCAGAAGAGACACAGGCUGUGGGCAAGGAACUGCCAUAUUCUCAAGAUCUUCAUGUGAAUAAUCUGGAUACUGUGGACUUGGACUGUUCUUCAGCUGCAGAUGGUGACUUCUCUGCAGUGACCGAGGCUCCGACCCACCUCCCACAGCCGGCCCUGGCUGCAGAGGUCCAGGACUCCGGCACUUCUCCAGAGGAGACUCGGACUGUGGUCAGGGACCUGCCAUGUUCUCAGGCUCUUCCUGUGGAUGACCUGGAUGCCGUGGGCCUGGGCUGUUCUGCAGUUGCUGAUGUGGACUUCUCUGUAGUGACUUUCUUGAAGUGUUCCGCAGUCGCGGGCCCGGUUCCAGGGCAGAGCAGCUGCCACCUGCGGAAGCGCGGAGCCGCUUCGUUCGCAGAGCAGAGCUCUGUGGAGCUCACGGACUGCACCGAUGAGUGCCAGCCCUUCCAGGUGCACGUCUCCAGGAUCGUCUCCUCCGGACGCCUCAAGAACGGAAAGCCCAUGUCUCAUCCUUCUCAACCAUCCCCACAAACACCACCCUUCAAAGUCCUCGUGGAGAGAUGCCGCUCGGAGCCCCUGUCCCAGAGCACGCCCAUGGGGCUGGACCAGCUGGGAGGACGCAUGCAGCACUUGCUCAAAAGACGUGCUGAGAACGAACAGGCUUCAAAGACCCUGAAGGUGCGCGGGAACUGCAGGAACGGGGGACGUCGAUGGAAUCUCUUCAAGCCUGGAGCUGAGAAGCUGCAGAUCAGUAGGCUGAUCAGUGGUGGUUCUAUUGUAAGUGCUGAGGCAGUAUGGGAUCACGUCACCAUGGCCAACCGGGAGUUGGCGUUUAAAGCAGGAGACGUUAUCAAGGUCCUGGAUGCUUCCAACAAGGACUGGUGGUGGGGUCAGAUCGAUGAUGAAGAAGGAUGGUUUCCCGCCAGCUUCGUGAGGCUAUGGGUAAACCAAGAAGAUGGAGUGGAGGAGGGAACCAGCGACGUGCAGAAUGGCCACUUGGAUCCAAGCGCCGACUGCCUGUGUCUCGGCAGGACCGUUCAGAACCGAGACCAGAUGAGAGCCAACGUCAUCAAUGAAAUCAUGAGCACGGAGCGCCACUACAUCAAGCACCUCAAGGACAUCUGCGAGGGUUACUUAAAGCAGUGCCGGAAGAGGAGGGAUAUGUUCAGUGAUGAACAGCUAAAAAUCAUCUUUGGCAACAUUGAAGAUAUCUACAGAUUCCAGAUGGGUUUUGUCCGGGACCUGGAGAAACAGUACAACAACGAGGACCCCCAUCUCAGUGAAAUCGGACCGUGUUUCCUUGAACACCAAGAUGGCUUCUGGAUCUAUUCGGAGUACUGUAACAACCAUUUGGAUGCGUGCAUGGAGCUUUCCAAGCUGAUGAAAGACAGCAGGUACCAGCAUUUCUUCGAAGCAUGUCGUCUGUUGCAGCAGAUGAUUGAUAUUGCCAUAGAUGGUUUCCUUCUGACACCAGUGCAGAAGAUCUGCAAAUACCCCCUGCAGCUCGCAGAGCUACUCAAGUACACUGCACAGGAUCACAGUGACUACAGGUAUGUGGCUGCUGCUCUCGCCGUCAUGAGGAACGUGACUCUGCAGAUCAACGAGCGGAAGCGGAGGCUGGAGAACAUUGACAAGAUAGCUCAGUGGCAGGCCUCCGUUCUGGACUGGGAGGGAGAUGAUAUCUUGGACCGCAGCUCAGAGUUGAUCUACACGGGGGAGAUGUCCUGGAUUUACCAGCCUUAUGGACGGAACCAGCAGCGUGUUUUCUUUCUCUUUGAUCACCAGUUGGUUCUCUGCAAGAAGGAUCUGAUAAGAAGAGAUAUUCUGUAUUACAAAGGUCGCAUAGACUUGGAUAAAUACGAAGUGGUGGAUACAGAAGAUGGGAGAGAUGAUGACUUCAAUGUCAGCAUGAAGAAUGCCUUCAAGCUUCAUAACAAGGAGACUGAGGAAAUGCACUUAUUCUUUACCAAGAAACUGGAGGAUAAGUUACGAUGGAUUAGAGCUUUCAGAGAAGAAAGGAAGAUGGUAAAAGAAGAUGAAAAGAUAGGCUUUGAGAUUUCUGAGAAUCAAAAGCGGCAAGCGGCAAUGACAGUAAAGAAAGUCAGUAAGCAAAAAGGUGUGAGCUACUCCAAGUCGGUUCCUCCAGCCUACCCACCACCCCAGGAUCCAUUAAAUCAGGGACAAUACAUGGUGACAGAUGGCAUAUCCCAGUCCCAGGUCUUCGAGUUCACCGAACCCAGACGCAGCCAGGCACCAUUCUGGCAAAACUUCAGCAGAGAGUGAGACUGAGACAUCCAUAAUUUUUAUGAGAAGAUGCUUCCUAAAUAUUCAGCACUAGGAAAAACGAAACACCACCGCCACACCAUUAUUUGCAUCAUAAAUCAAGACUCGCUUGAUCUGACAAGGCCACUUGUUGGACUCGCAGCUUCUUUCUUAACUGGAAAGCCAAACCAAACUCGCAUUGCUCGUGCUUGCCGAGGCCGGCGGCAGGCAAAGCACAUGCGGGCCUUUGUUCCAGAGGGAAGAGGGGCUUGGCUCUCAGGCAAUGGCGCACAAGAAAGCUCUUCCGCUCCAUAAAUUGCCAAGGUGCUGCAAGAGAUGGAGCAUUGUCACAAAGAAGAACCAGCACUGGGUCCCACUGUCACUGCCUGCUGUGGCCUCCCCAUAGGGAGCAGGGUUGGGCUGCUCGUGUGCCCGGGAGCAGCGCAGACGCAGAUUUGGGGUGAUUUUGACUGAGCAUCUGAUAGAGACUUUCAUAUUUCAAUGCCAGACAGGAGGAACCCACUUACCAUUCCAUGUGCAGAAACAAGAGAGUUGUAACAAACUUACAUGUUUACGGUAUUUCUCUGGCUGAAUCUAUAUAUAUAUAUACAAAAUAAAAAUACCCUCUUCCCUAGGUAAAUGACAUGCAUUACCCCUUGACCUAGACACUAGAACAGAGGAUCUAAAUUCAAGCCUUCCGCCUCCCCACCCUCUCCAAAAAGCUCAAACAAGAACCAACCUAGGUGCAUCUAACAGUUGUAAAUAGAAAAUACUACAUAGAGAAAUAUAUUUGAAAUCUGUUUCAGUUUCCGGAUGGUCACUGGCCGUCCCCUGCAAUGUUAUUGAUAGUACACUGUGGUGCUUUGGGUUUCUGGUUUUGUUCUCUUUAUGCUCUGUCAUCUUUUCAUUGCAGCUACAUUUCAGGGAACAUGUAUAUUUAGUAGCUAUUGUAAGUUCUGCAUGGCAUCACCAAGCUUAUUUUUCCUUAAGAAGAACAGAAGAGGCUGUAGGAGUUUCAAGGCACUAUUGACGACAGGGACUUGUAGCAGAGAAUUUAACAAAAAAAAAAAAAUAAAAAAAAAAGGUUUUUAAAAUUCUAGUUUGAAGCCAAAUACUGAUAUUUUAGUGCUUUUGGGGUUUUAACAGUAAGAGCAAAAAAAAUAUUAAAAAAAAAAGAAAAAAAAAAAAAAGGAUUUUGGUAACCCAGCUGAUCCGCACUUGCCAGUUUUAUUAUUUUGUUUCUAUUGGACUGUUUGACCCUGUCAAACAAGUGUCAAAGUUGUGUGUAUAAAACAAACAAAAAAGUGUUUAAAAAAAAAAAGUGUUGUAAAGACACUGAGCCUUAUGAAAAUAUUUAUGGAAUUAAAUAAAAAGAAGUGAAAAGGCA